AUGGCUUCUUCACCACAAGAUAUCCCGAGCGAAAUGCUAGCGGUCCAGGUCGUCAAGUACAACGCACCGCUCGCAAUCCACAAGGUGCCAACACCGAGCGUUUCCAAGAUCGGCCCCUACGAUCUGAUCCUGCGCACGGCAGUUGCUUCGCUGUGCCACACCGACCUGAUGGUCCUCGGGGGCGUGUUCGGGUCGCCAUUGCCCAUCACGAUGUCCCACGAAGGCACGGGCGUGGUGGUGGCCAAAGGCAGCGCCGUCGCCGCGGAGUUUCAACUCGGAGACCGGGUCAUGACGGGGAUCAAACUGCACGCGUGCGGGAGAUGCAUCAACUGCACAGCCCCGGCCGACCGGCACUGGAGCCAGUACUGCUUCGACAGCGACGGGGCGACGGGGAUCAAGUCGGACGGCGCAUUCGCCGAGUACCACGUGGCCGACUCCCGAGAGAGCUGCGUGAUUCCCGACGCCGUCUCGUUCGCGACCGCGGCGCCUCUCGCGUGCGCCGGCCUCACGGUCUACCGGGCCGUGGUGGCCAGCGGGGUCGCCGCCGGCGGGUGGCUCGCGAUCGUCGGCGCCGGAGGCGGGCUGGGCCAUUUCGGAGUCCAGUUCGCCAAGGCAAAGGGGAUCAACGUCGUCGCCGUCGACGCGCGCGACGACGGCUUGGAAAUCGCGCGGAGGGCCGGCGCAGACCACGUCCUGGACGCGCGCGGAGGCAAGGCCCAGCUCGCCGACAAGGUCCGGAGCCUCACGGGCGGCCUCGGGGUCGAGGCCACGAUCAACGUCAGCGACCACCCCUCCACGGCGGCUCUGUCGGUCGCCAUCACACGCAUGCAUGGCACGGUCGUGCAAGCUGCGCAGCCCGAGGAGAUCGCCGUUCCCUUUCAAGAUGUCGUGUUGCGCGACGUCACCAUCAAGGGGACAAUGUACGGCGACCGAGACACGGCCCAGGAGAUGCUCGCCGUCGUCGCCAGGCACGAUAUCAAAGCCGAGACGCAGGCGUUUGACGGUCUCGCCGAGGUUCCUACGAUGGUCGACCUCUUGGAAAGGGGCGCUGUCAACGGGAAGGCCAUCUGCGUGGUAGAUCGGACUCUGGUGUGA